CUCAGAGCACCAUCUGCACUUUACCAAGAGGCGGUGCAGGGGGCCGUUAGAGGCAGGGUUCAAGUCCCACCUUGGCCACUCCCAGCUGCAGGACCUUGGAAAAGUUUCUUAAUCUCUUAGUGCUUCAGUUUCCUGACCCAUUUGAUGGGGAUAAUAAUGUCCAUUUCCAGAGAACCAAAUGAAUUACCCUUCUCUACAGUAUUUAAAACAGUUGCUGGAGCCUAGUAAGGACCAUACAAGUAUUAUUUAGCGGUCGUUAUUAGGGGACUGAGGCUCAGGAAAAUUAAAGGAGUGACUUGUCUGAAGACACACGUCUAUUAAGAGUAUGGAGCUGGGGCAGGCAUGGGGGAGGGGAGAAGGAGCAGCCCUGUGUGACCUGGGCACAGCCCGUGGUGGAGAGCCACCGGCGAUGGUCCUUGACCCUGCCCGAGGAUUGGACUGACGUGACACGCACGCACCUCACAGUGGGAUGAUGAAGUGGUUGGGAAUCUACGAGCAUCUUCUGCAUGCCGGGGUACAGCAGAAUGCAAGAAAGCAGAAGCAGCUUACAGCCUGGAGAGGAGAAAACAAGAACAGUGCUGGUGGUGGUGUGCACAUUGAGCCCCGAUAUAGACAGUUUCCCCAGCUGACUCGAUCCCAGGUGAUUCGGGCUGAGGUCUACUCUGCAACCAUGUGGUUCUGGAUUCUCUGGCGCUUUUGGCAUGACUCAGAUCUUGUGCUGGGUCACUUUCCAUAUCCAGAUCCUUCCCAGUGGACAGAUGAAGAAUUAGGUAUCCCUCCUGAUGAUGAAGACUGAAAUUGUAGACUCAACUCUUUACAAGAGCAAGGUGAGAAUUUCAAGAAAUUACAGACUUCAUAUUAUAAAUUAAAGUUGUAAAUUUAAGAAUGAG